GGAGGAAAUAGCAGAGAGACCUUCACAGUUCGGCUGAGAAAAGGGAACGGCCGUUAGAGCACACAAUACCGGAAUGUUUACCCCUCUGACGCGGAUUUCUUUGCCCCGAUGGGGUUUGUAAACAUCUGAUGUAACCAAAAACCAACAAGGAAAGCAGAGAGGAAAUCUGACAGGGACCGGGAUGGAAAUCAGGCGCCGAGAGCCAGGCCGGACAGUCACACGGCAAGUACUGUUGUUUCCCUUUUUAUUGUCUUUGUUCUGCCGGGCGGUCUCGGAGCACUUUCGUUAUUCCCUACCUGAGGAAAUGGCCAAAGGUUCCUUUGUGGGGAAUCUCGCCAAGGAUUUGGGAUUAAAUACCAGAGAACUGCAGCAGCGGAAGCUCCGUGUCAGUUCGGAAAAGCAAUAUUUCAGUGUGAAUGGGGAAAAUGGCAACCUGUAUGUGAAUGGCAGGAUAGACCGGGAGGAGAUAUGCGGGGAGACUCCCCUUUGUGUCCUGGCAUUCGAAACGGUGGUGGAAAAUCCUUUGAAUGUUUUCCAUGUGAAUAUAGCAAUCCAGGACAUUAAUGAUAAUGCCCCGCGGUUCAAGACAAACAAUAUGGAUUUAGAAGUUAUAGAAUCAGCAUUGCCUGGUGCGCGGUUUCCACUAGAAUCUGCACAAGAUCCAGACGUUGGGAUCAACUCAGUGCAGAGUUACCAACUCAGCAAGAACCCGCAUUUUACCCUGAUUGUAAAAGAGAGCCCGGAUGGAAAUAAAUACCCAGAAUUAGUGCUGGAAAAAUCUUUGGAUCGCGAAAAGCAAAACUCUCAUCACUUGAUCCUGACGGCUGUGGAUGGGGGGGAUCCAGUCAGAUCCGGGACGGCUCAUAUUAGGGUUAAUGUCACUGAUGCCAAUGACAAUCCCCCCGUAUUUACUGAGGAGAUCUACAAAGUCAGUGUGAGGGAAAACCUACUACGGGGCUCCUUGGUACUUCAGGUGAAAGCCACAGAUCAGGAUGAAGGGGUAUAUGCCCAAAUCACAUACUCAUUCAGCAACGUACCAGAUAAUGCUCGUACAUUGUUUUAUUUAGAUCCUGAGAAAGGAAGAAUUACAAAUACGCGGAUUCUAGAUUUUGAAGACACACACAAAUACAUGUUGGGGGUAGAAGCCAGGGACGGGGGUGGCCAGUCCGCUCACUCGAAAGUUCAAAUAACAAUACUUGAUGAAAACGACAAUGCCCCGGAAGUGACGUUUACUUCUGUGAACAGCCCGGUAGCUGAAGACUCAGUACCGGGGACAGUGAUAGCUCUGAUCAAAGUUCGUGACCAAGAUACGGGAGAAAACGGAGAAGUCACGUGUCACAUUCAACACAAGUUGCCUUUUAAAAUAGCGGUUUCGUCAAACAGUUACUACAAGCUCCUCACAGACAGUCCCCUGGAC